AUGUCUGGCUACCAGCCGACCUACGUCCCCGGUGACAGAUCGCCCGCGGGAGGUCAGAACCCAGAGUCCCCUUGGUCAACGGCGCAAACCCUCGACCUGAAGACUAAUGUAAAUCGCCAAAAGACCAAGCGAUGGGUGAAUGCAAAACAAUACUCGUACGCCGGUGACGAGUGGGGAGAAAGCGAGGACGAGGAUGAGGAAGACCAGCCAGACAACUCUACUACUACUACUGGAAACCCUCAAUCGCCAAACAUCGUCAGGCCGGCGGAUAUAUACAAACGGCUGGCUGAAGAGCGGGGAAGUACUCGCUCGGGGAGCUCUGUGGGAGCUGCUGGCACGCCGUCAGCUUCGACAGUUGCUGUUCAAGACACACCUGCAGCGACCACAGGAACUGAAACGUCUGCUCCAGCUGGCCCUGAUGGCGGCAAGACGGCCGCGAUACCGCUGCCAAACGACACCGCAGAGCCUCCCAUAGGCCAGCUGCCCGAGUUACGACGACUCUCUGGGUUUGAAGGGUUCAUGGACAGUGGUGACAAGUCUGGAACGACAACAAGCACACAUGCGCUGCCUGGAGAACCCGCAGAGAAGGUCCCUACUAUCAGAGAAGAACACGUAGGUGGUGACGAGCCAUCCUCAAAUCAUUCUGCUCAUACAGCACCCACAGACCCUAAAAAAUCUAUAUCCUCUGAAGGUGAACAGAGCCGAGACGGUCACUCACCAACUUCUGCCUUGGACUGCCCAGACGCAGCAGGUCACAGUGACAUCGAGACUCACACUCCGUCGCGUAACACGGUCUCAGAAGACGACUCUUCAGGGCCACACAUCGCUGGUCUGGAUGUCUCGCCUCUUAGCAUGAGUAAACGAAGCUCGAUAGACCCAAACACGCUCCCAAACACUGCCACAGAGACGACAGAACAACAGACUGAACCUCCACCUCCAGCCCAAGAACAUGAUGAGAGCUCUCCGGUACAGAAAUCUGCACAGAAAGCUGACAUUCCUCCCGCUGCUUCAGGUGAGGAGCCAACACAGUAUGCGUAUACACAACUCCAGGACAACUACCCAUCUCCCCAUGGCAUGGAUCAUCCCCACACUACCAUUUCCAUCCCUACUUACGAGCAGCAGCAGCAGCAGCAGCCUCAGAGACAGCUAAAAAAGAAGUUUUCCUGGGAGGUUGACUCAGAGGAGAGCGACAGAGAACAGGCUCUAUCCCCGCUGUCACCUGUUUCAGCCACCCUGACCCCAGGAGCAUUGGUCAUUAAUAAACAGCCCACAGGUGGCAGUGGAAAUGAAGCCGCAACUAGUGCACCAGUCCCAGGAUCUCUCGCUGCUGAGAGCCCACAGGACACCACUCCAGUCGAGACUCAAGACAAAGAAGCAGAGCUGCUGCCAAAGACUCAGAGCCAGAGCCCCCUUCCCCCUAACACUGUCCCACCAGGCGUAUCAUCCAUGUCAAAUCAGAAAGCCCCUGAAUUCCGUGAAAUAACUAGCAUCCCCCAGCCCGCCCAAAGAAUAGCCGCUUUCAACAAUGCCAGAGAUGUCUAUGCAAACACGGACUCUGGUCUCGACGGAUGGGUCAAGAACGUAGCGGAAACUGGCCAUCCUGACAACGCAGAAACAAUCCAACGAAACGGCAUAGCUCCGACCGAUCCAAAUGCAGCUCACCGGCCCAUACCAUCUCAAGGAAAAUUCCCCAAGCUACCCUCACUCAGCAACAUAUCUCUGCCUUCUAGACAUCAUGACGGCUCUGGUCCUGGCCAUGGCCACAUCCGCCAGAGCUCAGGCGUCCAGCUCGGCGGAAUGAUGAACACGCAGCACGUCCAAGCAAAGGGCAAGGAUCUCCUUCACUCCGCCGGCGUCCUAGGUGGUAAGGCUGGUGAUGCAGCAAAGGGCCUCUUCGCCAAGGGCAGGAGUAAAUUCCGACACAGUGGAAGUGCCGACAAGGUAGAUACCUAA